ACGGUUCGGCUAGGGCAUUCCGCGGCUUCUAGGUUCCCGGGUCCGCCUCUCCUGCCUCUCGCUUGUACCUCCGCCAGGUGCACUGGGGCCAGGUAGGCCCUAGCAAGGUGCCUCUGAGCGCGCCAGGCUGGGGCCACUUGUGAGUGCCCCGCUGGGGCCGUGGACAUGGAAACUGCAGAGGAGCAGGGGGGUCCCGUACCCCCUUUAGUUGCACACGGCGGGCCAGGCUCGAGCAGUGCUCCAGCUCUAGGGGGACAGCGGGAUCCCAAGAAGUACGCGGUGACAGAUGACUACCAGUUAUCCAAGCAGGUUCUGGGCCUGGGUGUGAACGGCAAGGUGCUGGAGUGCUUUCAUCGGCGCACUGGGCAGAAGUGUGCCCUGAAGAUCCUGUAUGACAGCCCCAAGGCUCGGCAGGAGGUGGACCACCACUGGCAGGCCUCUGGCGGUCCCCACAUUGUACGAAUCCUGGACGUGUAUGAGAACAUGCAUCAUGGCAGGCGCUGUCUCCUCAUCGUCAUGGAAUGCAUGGAAGGUGGUGAGUUGUUCAGCAGGAUUCAGGAGCGUGGCGACCAGGCUUUCACUGAGAGAGAGGCUGCAGAGAUCAUGCGGGAUAUCGGUACUGCCAUCCAGUUCCUGCAUAGCCAGAAUAUUGCCCACCGAGAUGUCAAGCCUGAAAAUCUGCUCUACACAUCCAAGGAGAAAGAUGCGGUACUUAAGCUCACUGACUUUGGCUUUGCCAAGGAGACUACCCAAAAUGCCCUGCAGACACCCUGCUACACUCCCUAUUAUGUGGCUCCUGAGGUCCUGGGUCCAGAGAAGUAUGACAAGUCAUGUGACUUGUGGUCCCUGGGCGUCAUAAUGUACAUCCUCCUGUGUGGCUUCCCACCCUUCUACUCCAACACGGGCCAGGCCAUCUCUCCAGGGAUGAAGAGGAGGAUCCGCCUGGGCCAGUAUGGCUUCCCCAAUCCUGAGUGGUCAGAGGUCUCUGAAGAUGCUAAGCAGCUGAUCCGCCGCCUGCUGAAAACAGACCCCACAGAGAGACUGACUAUCACACAGUUCAUGAACCACCCUUGGAUCAACCAAUCAAUGGUGGUGCCACAGACCCCACUCCACACAGCUCGUGUUCUACGGGAGGACAGAGACCACUGGGAUGAAGUCAAGGAGGAGAUGACCAGUGCUUUGGCUACCAUGAGGGUGGACUAUGACCAGGUGAAGAUCAAGGACCUGAAGACCUCUAACAACCGGCUCCUCAACAAGCGGAGAAAAAAGCAGGCAGGCAGCUCCUCAGCCUCACAGGGCUGCAACAACCAGUAGCUCAUGGGGCCAUGGAGAAGCCAGGCCCCUCAGCCUGGGUGACAGAUUCGAAUGUGCUGAGGCCAUGGUCAGGAGGGCCCAGAGUCAUUUUUAUAACAAAAGGAUUAUUUUUGUGUGUUUUAAUUUGUCACCUGGAACUUCAGGAUGGAGGAUCCUGACCUCCUUCAAAGCUCCGUCCCAGACUUAGGCUCAGAGAAGGCCAGAACCUAGGGGCUCAGGAGCUGCUUGGUAUAGCUGCAAUACCUUUGGCUGGGGUGGCCUAAGUUAGGCCUCAGCUCUGUUAUCCCCUGGCCUUAAUCUUCUAGGCCACUGAGAGUUGUAGUUGGGAUUCCCAUCUUCCACAGAGACAUCCCCCUGUGGGGUGGGCAGAUGGGCCUGGCCUUGAGAAAGACAUCAGACCAUUGGUUGCCAUGGUGACCAGGGAUGGUGCUGCUGUCUGCUGAGUGAAUAGCAGUGAAACAAGGGAGGAGGGGCAGUCAUGGGUUAACCUCUGCCUUAUUAGGGAGGGUGGUCUCUCUCAAUGGCUGCUCCUCUCAGGUUCACCCCUCUUUGGUCUCUCUGAAGCUACAGGUCCAGUCUCCUUACCUCCUUGGAUGGUGUAGCCCUGUCUUACUGCAGCCCUAGCCCAGGUAGCACUCAAGAGCUAUCCCCUGAAGGAGUCCUUGGGCCCAGCCAUCCUGUCACUAGCCUCUACCCAAAGGGUGGUUUUCUUUUAUCUUUGGAAGGUGGGGAUUAUUUUUUAACCCUUUUCCACUUUGGAAAAUGUCACUGUGACAAAAGCCAGUACACUUCUCUUGCCCCCACCUUGGGGCAGGAAAGCCCGUGUCUUGUUUUUGGUAGGGGCUGCCUUGUAGUAUACUUUUGUGAAAGUGGAUUGUUGGGGGCAGGACUGAAAGGCUUCCCAUUAACCAGGGAUCUCCUUCUAUCCUCUGGGCCAAACCUGAGAUGGGAGGCUACUGAACAAUGUCCCUUAGAAAUCGGGUCCUGGCUUGGGUGUGAGUCUAAGCAGAGAGGACCACUUCUUAGCUGAUUCAGGCUCACCCAGCCCCACCCUGCUCAGGGUAUUCUCAGGGUGCUGAAUUCGUGGUCCAGCCCAACAAGUGCCUGACACCCAGCCUAGUUUCUGGUUUCUGGUUCCUGGCUCCUCUCUCGCUGGCUGGGAAAGCCUAGGUCACACCACAGAGGACAACACUGCUGGGUUUUAUAUGAGGUUAUUAAUAAACACCAUUUUGGCAUUUU